AUGGCAGGAGUCGUUCAGGAAAAGACUCCGUUGGUCGAGUCGCCCUACCUGCGCUCGCUUCUGGCAGGCGCAGUAGCAGGCACCACAGUCGACACAUCCCUCUACCCCCUCGACACGCUAAAAACCCGCCUCCAAUCUUCCUCAGGCUUCCUCGCCGCCGGCGGCUUCCGCGGCGUCUACGCAGGCGUCGGUUCCGCAAUCGUCGGCUCCGCCCCCGGCGCCGCCCUCUUCUUCGUCACCUACGACGGCAUAAAGCGCAACUUUUCCUCUUCAACACAUACAUCUACACAACAGGCUGGCGUACACAUGGCGGCAGCGAGUUUGGGCGAGGUAGCGGCUUGUGCUGUGCGUGUGCCUACAGAGGUUGUAAAGCAGAGGGCUCAAGCCAAGCAGUUUCCGAGCUCGUUGGCGGCGUUUACAAGUAUUCUGGACUUGAGGAAGAGUAAGGGAUAUGGUGUCAUGGCGAGGGAGUUGUAUCGUGGGUGGGGCAUUACAGUGAUGCGAGAGGUGCCGUUUACAGUCAUCCAAUUCCCCAUGUGGGAGGGUAUGAAGAGGUGGGCUGCCCAAAGAGAUGGCAGGGAAACUGCUACUGGUUUUCAGUCUGCUGUGUUUGGAAGCAUAUCUGGCGGUAUUGCUGCCGCUUUGACGACGCCAUUGGACGUCUUGAAGACGAGGAUGAUGCUCGCAAAGGAAAAGGUCUCGGCUUCGUAUCUGCUGGGCAAGAUCUACAAGGAGGAAGGUAUGAAGGCCUUCUUCAAGGGCGUAGAGCCCAGAGUCACCUGGAUCAGCAUUGGUGGUGCCGUCUUCUUGGGAAGUUACCAGUGGGCGAGCAAUGCAUUGGGUGGUGUUAAUUGA